UUUGUGUUAGCAGUUCGUUAUAUUUUAGUCUGAGGUGAGUGUGUUUAUUUACAUUGUAAAGUGUGAAUUAGCUGGAGCUGCAUGUACAGACAGACUGGAGGAUUAACCACAGAGUCCAACGCUAUACUGAACAGUUUAUUAUAUUAAUAAAGUAUAUCACUGAACCUCCAGUUUGUGGAGGAUACUGGACAACUUGUGACUGGACUUUGCAUUAUACAACAGCAGAACAGGUGUGAUUAUGAAUAAUCAAAUGUUUGAAUCUGCGGCUGAGCGGACCUUCCAACACCAGGCCAGCUUGCCACCAUUGCCUGUGCCUUCUCUAGAGGAAAGCCUCAGGAAAUACCUGGACGCAGUGAAGCCCUUUGCUACUGAAGAUGAGUUUCGCAACACUGAAGCCACUGUAAAGCAUUUUGCUGAGAACAUCGGCAAACAUCUACACCAGAAGCUUUUACAACGAGCCAAGACACAGCGCAACUGGCUGGAAGAUUGGUGGUUGGACGCAGCAUAUUUGGAACUGCGUAUGCCGUCUCAACUGAAUGUGAACUUUGGGGGUCCAGGACCAUACUUGGAGCAUUGCUGGCCCCCAUAUGAAGGCACACAGCUGGAGAGGACCAGCAUGACUGUGUGGCUCACUCUGCAAUACUGGGAUCUCAUCCGGACGGAGAAGCUGGCUGUGCAUAAGGCAGGAAACAUGCCCUUCGACAUGGACCAGUUCCGCAUGAUCUUCUGCACUUGCAAAGUACCUGGUGUUACCAAGGAUUCCAUACUCAACUAUUUUAAAACUGAAAGUGAAGGGCCGUGUCCUUCUCAUCUCGUGGUCAUGUGUCAUGGGAGAAUCUUCACGUUUGAUGCUCUUUGUGAUGGAUGCAUCAUCACUCCUCCUGAAAUAUUAAGGCAGUUGACGUACAUUAAACAGAUCUGUGAUGGAGAUGUAAAAGGUGAUGGUGUGGCUGCUCUGACCAGUGAGGAGAGGACUCGCUGGGCUAAGGCUCGAGAUUAUCUGAUCUCCAUUGAUCCUGUUAAUAAAAACAUACUGGAGACAAUCCAGAGCUCCCUGUUUGUUGUCUCACUGGAUGAUGCAAAACCAAAUUGUACUCCGGAGAACUACACAAUGAUGACACAGUUGGCACUGACAGGAGACCCCACUGUGCGUUGGGGUGAUAAAUCAUACAACAGUAUUAGCUUUGCUGAUGGCACCUUCGCCUCUAAUUGUGAUCACGCCCCCUAUGAUGCCAUGGUGUUGGUGUCUCUCUGUUACUACAUUGACCAAAAAUUAAUGGCCACCAGUGGAAAAUGGAAGGGUUCGGAGGUGGUGCAUGACUUGCCUGUUCCAGAAGAGCUUGUGUUUACCGUAGAUGAAAAAGUGAGGACAGACAUUGCACUUGCUAAAGAGCAGUACAGAACAACGACACAGGAUCUGCAGAUUGUCUGCUAUGCUUUCACCUCCUUUGGGAAGGCAGCUAUUAAGAAGAGAAAACUUCACCCAGACACGUUUGUGCAGCUGGCCAUGCAGUUAACUUACUACAGACUACACGGAAAACCUGGUAGCUGUUAUGAGACUGCCACCACACGACGAUUUUAUCAUGGCCGUACAGAGACCAUGAGGCCGUGCACAGUGGAGGCUCAGCAUUGGUGUGCCGUAAUGCUGAACCCUGCAGCAUCUGUUGAAGAGAAGAGACAAGCUCUGCUCCGUGCCUUCAACAAACACAACAAACUGAUGGAUGAGGCUCAGAAAGGAAAAGGCUUUGAUAGACACCUGCUGGGUCUGUACCUAAUUGCCAAGGAGGAGGGACUUCCUGUUCCUGAGCUUUACACUGACCCCCUCUACAGUAAAAGUGGUGGAGGAGGAAACUUUGUUCUUUCAUCCAGUCUUGUGGGCUACACUACUGUUCUGGGUGCUGUUGCUCCCAUGGUGCACCACGGCUAUGGCUUCUUCUACCGCAUCCGUGAUGACAGGAUUGUUGCUUCCUGUACGGCCUGGAAGUCGUGUCCAGAGACAGACGCCGAGACCUUUUUCCAGUAUUUAUGCACAUCCUUUCAUGACAUAAUGCAGCUCACCACCCUGUCCAACCUGUAGAGAAAAGCCUUCUGGGAUUUUCAUUGACAAUGUAAGAUUUGUGUCCAGUUUUAAAUCAGAAAAUCAGUUUGCUGUAGCACAGCUUUAACACUCUCAGCCCAUGACAGAGAUGAAGAAAAUUUAUACAAUACAAUUUCCCAUUUUACCCACUGUGUCCUCCCUGUCUGGGAGUCUAUGGGCAAACGUGUGCUUCCUCUAAGACGCGAGUCCAGCCACCACCUUUUGUAAACCGCUGCUUAUGCAAUGUGGCUGAAUUACUAAUUACUUUACAGCUGCAUUGCAGAUUAUAAAUAUACUGUAUACUGUUACUAGCUACUUUAUUAGGAACACCAUACUGAUGCUAACCAUGCUAUGGUUAAAGUCAGUCAGUUCACAUUUCCCCCCAGUCCAAUGUUUGAUUUAAACAUUACGUGAGUUGAACUUCUGUCUGUGUGAUUUUAUGCAGUGCACUGUUUCCGGUGUUUAUAAUAAAGUAGCCAGUCAGUAUAUAUUCACUGUACCUCUAGAAAGACCUCUUUAUUUUAUUAAUGCAGAAAUCAAUGCAAAUGUUCAGCAACAAUGCAAUUUUUAAUUUGUACAUAUUUAAUUUCUGUAAUUUGUAUGUUUUUCUACAGUUAGUAUUGAUUUUACAAUGUAUUAUUCAAUCUGUGAAAUCAGUGAAGUCUGUAGUAAUUUCAGCAAGUGUCCUUUAUGUAGAUAAUUUUCAUCUAAGUUAGUGCUACUCAAACUCUCAGCUGGGGCCAAAAAGUGGCCAAUAGUUUCUCUUGCAGCCUGCACACAUACAGUACAUGCAUUUUUGUAUAUUCAUUAGUUCUGCAUUUGGACAGAAAAAUAUUCUGCAAACUGAGAAAAAUGUAUCUAUAUUUUAAUAAUGUAAUCUUGCAAAUAGUAAAAAAAAACUGCAAUACAAAAACUGAAAUCUGCUGAAAAGUGCUUACAGGAAUUGUUUACAGGAGUUGCAUAAUGGUGUGAUAUUCCACUGCUUUACUAACAGUUUUCACCAGCUGUGUGAGCUUCCAUGUAAACAGUGACAGUUCUGCUGUAGCUUUGGUAAAAUCUUGAUUUUGUUUUAGAGCCAUUAAGACUACAAGUUAAGAACCAAUGGUUUAAUAAUUCAUUUGUUUGUUAUAUUAUUGUUUUCCUACAAAAUAGAGUACACGUUGAUUUUACUAAGUUGCAUUCAAGUGUUUUUUUUAUCACUAAAGAGAUUAAUAUCUGCUUGUACCACUUUUCUUUAAAUAAUUACUCAUGCUAUUGUAAUAAUUGAAAAUAAAGCACUUAU